AUGGAUCAAACUAAAGCAGUAUCUAAGAAUACCCCACCUCACAUACCAACAGAAUGUUUUCAAUGCAUUUUUUCAUUCAUCGAAGAUGAUUAUCAAACUUUAUACUCAAUACUAUUAGUAAAUAGAACUUGGUGUCAAAAUGUAAUUCCGAUUCUUUGGAAAAAACCAUUUACUCUUUCAUGUGAUGCAGAACCAUCAUCAUUUUGGAAGAUUAUUACAAUUUAUCUUUCAUAUUUACCAGAUGAUUUUGUGGAUAUUCCUGAGAUGCAGAAUAUUAAGCAAUGUACAUACAAGCAAUCGACAAUAUUUGAUUACGUAUCAUUCUUGAAAGAACUUAAUUUCAAGAAACUUUAUGAAGCUAUUUCAAGAUGGGCAACUGAAAAUAGAAUUUUUGUCAGUAAAGAGGAUGAAGUUGAUCUUGAUCUAGAGAGGUUGUCGUUUGGAGAAUCUGUAAUGAAUAGGGAUAUAGAGAAUAAUAAUUCAUGGAGUGGUCCGGAAUAUUAUCAUGAUAUGAUAGACAGUGUUGAGAUGCCGAUUGAUAAGUCUUUAGUAAAUAAAAAGCUAAUGAUCGCUAAAAAGUUUUGUUUAUAUUUAAUGAGCCUUUGCAGAAAUUUUGAGCUUCUUGCUUUGGAUACUCGAGGUUGGUCAAGAGGCUUUUCGAUUACUUCACGUGACUAUAUUUCUUUACCUUGUUUCCCUGGAGCGUCCGAAUGUUUAUCAAAGGUUACUGAAUUUGUUUUAUGUGGAGAAUUCGAAAAGGCCGAUAUCCUUGAUACGAUGGCUACGUACUGUAAAGAUAUUCGUUUUCUUACAGUUAUUGAUUCGUACCAUAGUUCACCUCAUUCCAUAGCGAAUCUUAUCAACGCUCAAAAUGGACUAGCUUCAAUCACUUGGGUUAGUGGAGGUGAAAAUGCUUCUCCAAUCUUAAGGUCGUUUGUAACACAAAGUAAAAGUCUUAAAACUGUUAAUUUGCUUAGAGCUUAUACCAGAGAUUAUGAUGCAUAUGAGGGUUUGGCUGCUUGUAAAAAUUUGGAGAAUUUAAAAUUCACGGAAUGUAAUCAUGCAAGUCUCCACAUGAAAGCUUUGGCCAACGCAGAUUUUCCUCGUCUCAAGACAAUUGAAAUCAGUGACCCUCUUAGCUAUGAGGAUGAAGACGACGAAGAUUUUGAUCCACCGUCUUUAGAAUAUACUAGUUUGAUUCAUAAUGCGGGUAAACAUCUCGAAGAAAUAAGAUUGUAUUUAGAGCUACAUUUUUAUCCUGGAAUCAUUGAGACAAUUGCAUAUAAUUGUCCAAACUUAACUUUAUUUUACGGAAGUGUUAAAAAUGAUGAACAAAUUAUUGAACUAAUAAAAUUAUUAAAUGGCUGUAAAAAGCUUGAAGAAUUAGUUAUAUAUGGAUCUUCCCGGAGUAGUUUGUUUCCUGUUGAUAAUAUGUUAGCUCAAAUCGGUCAAUCAAUUCCAGAAAGUCUCGAAUAUUUAGAUUUAUCUAGAUGGACCUUUUCGGGAAAAUCUUUGAAUCAAUUCUUAAUAAACUGUAAAGCCAAGUUAAGGCAUAUGUCUUGGCAUUGUUUCUUUAAUUGUGAAGAGCAUAAGGAAGCGAUUGAUCGUUAUGCUAGUGAUAGGGGAAUCAGCGUACGAGAAUUUCGCGUUGGAUCAUAUUGUGGAUAUGUAUGGCAAAGGCCUGUUUGUCACGUUUUGGUUGAUUUUGAAUUUCCGGAAUAA